GGCCCGGCCGGGCGGGGCCGGGGGAGGCCGCGGGCCACAGGGGCCGGGGGCUGCAGGGGCUGGCUGGGUACCACUGCCCCCCAGGGCCACGCGUGGGACGGGUACCGCGGUUCGGGGGAGCCACACCGCCCCCUCAGUCCGGCAGCAGGAGCCCCCCCGGCGCGGCAUGGAGCCCCCUCUCGAGAGCGCACGGGAGACGCCGACCACGGCGGACACUGCUGCCGAGUUCCUGAGCCUCAUCGGGCUGGAAGAGCUGGAGUGGUGCCUGUUUGCUGAGACGCUGGCAGUGGUGGCCGUGGGGGACCCACUAAGGGACAAGGCAGAGGGCCAGUGGUGGAUGGCAGCCCAGUGGGCACCCUACCAGCGGGAAGGUGAGCCGGUGCAGAGCUGCAUCCUGGUGCAAACCAGGUUCCGAGGCAAGCAGGAUGGUGUGCCUGUCAACAGCACCCUCAAAGCUUAUGUGACCUGGCAGCUGGAGACCCUGGAGCAGGAGGAGCAGGAGUGCUUGGAGCUCAGACCACACCCCACAGAGAAGACGACCCACAUUGUGAGCCACGAGCAUGGCAUGACUGUCAUGAAGACCCUGCGGCAGGGAGAGGUCUCUCUGCAGGCAGAGCCACAGUGCCUGGGCUUCUCCUACAGCCGGGACAAGCUGCGGGGAGUGCUGCUGGAGGGUGCCAGCCUCCUGCUGCUGCGGGUGCUGGCACGCCGGCAGACGAUGCCCGCCGACCUUGUCUUCCCAGCCAUCAACACCGAGGGCGACCUCUGCACCUCCAGCUAUUCUGCCCUGGGCAUCCAGCGGCAGGCAGUGGGCUCGGCAGAGACAGAGGUGUUGGUGAUCAAGCGAGCCGUGCACACCAGCACCGGCGCCUCCACUGUCUGGCACGGCAGCUUCCUCCCCAACGGGCAUUUGGCUCAGCUGAUGCAGGUUGGCUCCCCAGUGCUGAUGCUUCAACAGGAUGAGUCCAUCCUCAGCAAGUCAGGUUUGAGUCCAAACUCCCCUUCCCCAAAGAGCCCCUGGACUGGGAGGAAGACAUGCAGCUCUACUCCUGUUUCCUGGACAGGAAGGAUGAGCUGCAACUAUCCCAUGCUGCCUACCUCCAGCAGCACCCCGAGGUCCGGGCACUGCUGUCUGACUUCCUCCAGGCGUUGCUCCUCCAGCAGCCACAUGACCCCAUCUCCUUUGCUGCAGAAUUCUUUGCCCACCAGCGGCCCUUUGGGACCCCCUAUGCUUCCAGUGAGGCUGCCAGCCCCUUCCCCAACUCCCCACCUGGACACUCUCCAGCUGACAGCAAAUAAAGCAGCCGGCACUGCCUGUCCAGUCUUGUUUGCUUUGGGGAACCUGAGGCUUGGGGAGGGCAGGUGGAGCUGAGCUGUGUGCUAAAGCCCCACUGUGUCUUCUGAGUGGGACCCUGUCCCCCUCCCAGCUGUUCUAGCCCUUGUUAGGGGUUGAAGGGUGCCUGGGACAUACUGUGGUGCAGGGCCAGGCUCACAUCCCUGCAUCUGCCGCCACCCCAUGCGUUCC